AUGAGCGGCGAGGCGUCGGAGGCGUGUCCAGAAGGACCUUCCCCAAUGGAAACCGGCUCCGGAGACGGGCGCUAUCCAACUGGGCCGCCCCGGAAAGAGAGCGACUUCCUGCAGAAGACCGGCAGCAACUCCUUCACCGUCCACCCUCGGGGCCUGCACCGCAGCGCUGGCCCUCGCCCGCUCCCCAACGAGCCUGCAGACCCCGAGUCCCGAGCCGGCGCUGCCAACGGUCUUGCGGGCUCUGCACCUGGGCUGGGCGAGCAGAAGCCAAAGGUGGAGUCAGGGGAGCCCCCCGUCCACCCACCCCCCAGCCCCGCGACCCCCAGUGCCACUCCAGCCGCGUCCCUGGCCUUGCCUACACCCAACCCUGCCAGUGCCACUCCCAGCCAGCGCCAGUGGGUCUCCGCGGCCACCAGCGCCAAUGACUCCUUUGAGAUACGGCCGGCCUCCAAGCCAGACAUGGAUAGGAUCCCUGCUGGAGACCUCCAGGCCCGGGCCCUGGCCAACCUCCGUGUGAACUCCCGAAACUCCUUCGUGUUCAUCCCCAAACGCAAGGACUCUGGGGCCCCUCCUCCUGAAGUGAGGCAGGCCGGAGGGCUGCCAGAGAGAGAGGUUGGCUGGGCCUCCCAACGCCUGGAGCUCGAAGCCCAACUGGUGCCUGGAAGGGAUAGCGUGCCUGCUGGAGGGGGGAGCCCCUUGGGGGUUGAGGAGGGGGCCUGCCCCAGGCCAGCUACUGCCCUCGUGGACCAGGCUGUUAGGCGGCAGAGGCUGUCCUCACCGUCCCUGUGUGCAUUGCCUGCUGCCGAAGCUAAGCCUGCCCAGGGCCUUGGGGUUCCCAGCUUGGCCAAGAACAGCGGGGUGCCUGGGAGGCCAGGGUUGCCUGUUACCUUCAUUGAUGAGGUGGACUUGGAGGACGAGGUCCCCCAAGAAGCCAAACCGCCCUGCUCGGGAGCUGGUGGGCCUCCAUGGUACCAUCUGCACCCCACUGGGCCUGGGCACCCAUCAGGGCUCCAGCAUCGAGGUGGCAACACCUUCACCGUGGUUCCCAAGAGAAAACCAGGGUCCCUGCAGGCGAAUGGGGAGCCCGGGCCACAGGAGGCUGAGGACGAGGAGGCAGGCAGCUUGUCAGAGUCUCCUGCCACCCUGGGGACCACACUGAAGAAGCGCUAUCCCACCGUGCAUGAGAUUGAGGUGAUUGGCGGCUACCUGGCUCUAGAGAAGUCCUGCCUCACCAAGGCUGGCUCCUCGAGAAAGAAGAUGAAGAUCUCCUUCAACGACAAGCGCCUGCAGACCACGUUUGAGUACCCCCCUGAGAGCUCCCUGGUGCAGGAGGAGGAGGCCGAGGCCCAGGAGGAGGCGGCGGAGGAGUCCAGCUCAGACGGGGUGUUGGAGAAGCCCUUUGCGCUCUUCCUGCCCCGAGCCACUUUUGUAAACAGCGUGGGGCCUGAGAGCCCUCGCCUGCGGGACGGCAGCUCAGGCCUGUCCAGCUACACUCCAAAGCACUCUGUGGCCUUUAAUAAAUGGCAGGAGCAGACGUUGGAGCAGACGCCGAGUGAGGUACAGCCCGCACCAAAGGAAGUCAUGCUCACCCCUGCCGGUCAGAACGACCUCUCAGACUUCCGCAGUGAGCCAGCUCUCCAUUUCUGACCCCAGCCCUGCCAGGAUGGCCAAGGCUGAGCCCUGGGAGUCGGGCAGUGCCCAGGAGCCCUGCCUUCCUUCUGCACCCCUCUUCUGCCCUACCAGGCUCUGCCCUGCCAUAUCUCACCCUCCCUUCCUGGGGCCUCACAACUGUACCUGUGCUCAGCCUGAGCCUAGAGCACUGGGGGCUCCUGCCUCCCUUGGGGCUGAGUCUUGCUCUCCAGCCCUGAUCUGGGGGCACUGCCUGUGGAGGACGCACAAGGUCCUGCUGGACACCAUGCCCAGCACCUGUGUGAUGUGUGUGAAGGGCUAGCUUGGCUGCCUAUCCUCUGUCGAACUUCAAGCCAUUCCCACCCACCCCCCAACGGCAGACCUCAGCCCACCCCCUUUGUGAUGAAUGGCAAGUCUUUUCUUGCAUUUGAUGAUGGACUCAAUAAAUAGCCCUGGACAAGGCCACCUCUGCCUUCCUGUGUG